CACUACGGUUUGGGGAGAGUGGUCUGCUGCUCAGCCGCGGAGCGACCGGCCGCCUCUCAACGCUCCUUCACCCCUCUCAGAGGAACCGCACCGCUCUGCCGAUGCGCCCAGCAGCCGCCGUCCCUCCCCGCCACAUCACACCUGUACCCAGAGCUCGUCUCCUCACCGGGGCUUCGCUCUCAAAACCUUCCCCCAUCACACUCUGUAUUUCACUGUAAGACCUCAGGUAGCACUCUCAACUCCCUUCUGAAUGACGGGCGGUCGGUUCGACUUUGACGAUGGCGGCACAUACUGCGGAGGCUGGGAGGACGGCAAAGCCCACGGCCACGGUGUGUGCACGGGACCCAAGGGCCAGGGCGAGUACUCUGGCUCCUGGUCCAACGGCUUCGAAGUGGUUGGCGUGUACACCUGGCCCAGCGGGAACGUGUUCCAGGGCUACUGGGCGCAGGGCAGGCGCCAUGGACUCGGUGUAGAGACCAAAGGGAGGUGGAUUUACCGGGGAGAGUGGACUCACGGGUUCAAGGGCCGGUACGGGGUCCGGCAGAGCCAGAACACACCGGCCAGGUAUGAGGGCACCUGGAGUAACGGACUGCAGGAUGGCUACGGCGUGGAGACGUACGGUGAUGGAGGUACUUAUCAGGGUCAGUGGACUGGUGGAAUGCGUCAUGGCUAUGGUGUACGUCAAAGUGUCCCAUAUGGUAUGGCCUCUGUCAUCCGCUCUCCUCUCAGAACCUCGCUGGCUUCCCUCCGCAGUGAGCAGAGUAAUGGCACAGUAUUGCGUGACAGCCUGUCUGACAGCCCUGCUGGCACACGUGGUGGCUUCGUACUCAACUUCCACUCAGAUUGCGAAGGUUCUGAGAAGAAGAAGAGUCUUUUCCGACGUGGCUCCCUCUUCGGCAGCCUUCAGCGACUGCGAAAAUCAGACUCGCGCUCGUCGAUUUCCAGUAAGCGUAGCUCAGCACACAGUGACACCACCAUGAGCCGCAUCAGUUCAAGUGACGCCAACUCCACUAUAAGCUUUGGAGACGGAGAGCUGGGCGAUGAUUACCUAACUCAGGAGGACAAUGUGGAUGCCCUCACCACUGAGUCCUACAUGGGCGAGUGGAAGAACGACAAGCGCAGCGGCUUUGGUGUCUCUGAGCGCUCUAACGGCAUGAAGUAUGAAGGUGAGUGGUUGAACAAUAAGCGCCAUGGCUAUGGCUGCACCAUCUUCCCUAAUGGCACCAAGGAAGAAGGGAAGUAUAAGAACAACGUGCUGGCCAGGGGCAUAAAGAAGCAGCUGAUCCCACUGAAGAACGCCAAGACCAAACAGAAGGUGGAUCGAGCUGUCGAAGGAGCAGUGAGAGCAGCAGCCAUCGCCAAGACCAAAGUGGAGAUUGCCAUCUCCAGGACGUCCCAUGCUCGUGCCAAAGCAGAGACUGCAGAUCAGGCUGCAUAUUCAGCCAGUCAGGAUUCAGACAUUGCCAGAGCUGUGGCCAGAGAGCUCUCCCCAAGCUUCCAUCAGCCAGGCCCUGACUACAUACGACAGAAGUACAAUGAGCCAGUAGAGGUGAAAGAGGUUCCGGUGGCAGAAAAGAAAGAAAAAUCUCCAUCAGGGAGCCCCCAUUUCUACCGGAAAGGAACCACACCCAACCAGUCUCCAUCUCCGAGCCCAGGCCCCAGUCCCACUCCUUCACCGGCUGUUGUCAAGAAGACCUUUUAUAGCAGUAAGAACACCAUCCCUGCAAAGCCUGCUGGGAAAGAGAACAAAACCCCUGCAGCUGAGUCUUUGACAGCAGGCUUAACAAAAGCUGCAUCAAAACUUUCUCUAAGACAGGAAGUAAGGCAACAGGAGGCUCCUACAGUAGUCAAACCAGCUGUUGCCACAGCAGCCAGCAUUUGCCCCAGCAAUGGGCAGAUUCACUCCCAGUACCAUGGUUACUAUGUCAAGGCAGAUGUCAAGAGUCCACCACCCGAAGAUCCAAUUGGUGUAGAGGAUGACCUUCACCCAUCAAGCCUUGCUCAGUUUCCACCACCUGCCAAACAGAUUCAGACACCAGCACUAAAAUCUCUGCCAGCCCAUUGUCCUUCACCAGCUCCCCCAAAAGAGAGCACCAAAGCAACAGAACCUCUCAAGCCAAAAAGACUGGAAUCAACCAAACCAAGGAGCCUUGCAGAAACCAAGAAAGCCAGCAUGGAAAUAGCUCCUGAAAUUGUAGAGGAAGAAUCGGGCCCUAACUCCAUCUUGGUGGCUCUUGUGAUGCUGUUGAAUGUAGGUCUAGCAAUCAUUUUUGUCCAUUUCCUCACCUGACCAAAUCUCCACUCAGUGGACUCAUCCAAACUAGUCGCCGAGCUGCUAACCCUCCACCAGCCACAGGGGCAUUUCAAAUAGACAACAAUAGUCAGAACAGCAAACACGGGCAGAACGGAGGUCUGAAAAUAGACUAGUGAAGAAGAAGGAGGAAGAGAAGUGGAGCAGAAAAACACAUGGAGAAGAAAGAGAGAGGGGGGAGAUGAAACCUCCUUCACCAUCACCACCACCACCACUACCACCACCCUACACCCCACCCAGCCCUCUCUCUCUGGAUAGACUGACUGACUGGGUUUAGUGCCCAAGUCCAACCUGAUUGGACUGGCGAUGAUUUGGGACUCCACUCCAGAGUGCAGUGAAAGUUGAAGCAAGCAGGUGCUGGUUGGAAAUGGGCCUUUUAGCCCCAACUAUGGACUCUCUUACAUGCUUAGAAAUUACAGGAGACCUGAAGAGUAGAGCGGAUUAGAGCAAGUGUAAGGCCUGGCAUCUUUUCUUCUUAUAAAUGUGUGCUUCGAUUUUUCUAGCUCCAUUUCCAUCCAGCUGUUCAGCAAAUAUGGAAGUUUUUAAAUGCUGCAAUAAAAUGUUUAUGACUAGUCCAGCUGCGUUGAUACACAAUUUGUUUCCUAAAUGAUCCUCCAGAACAACUGAGAGCAUCUUCACUGUGUUGAUUAUGCCUGUUAAUUAUUGGUAACUUUUGUUCUGAUGUUGGUCAUAUGUUAUGUUUCUAUUUUAUUUAUCUACCAUCAUGCAGAACACCUACAAUUUAGAGAGACAACAGGCUGUCAGAUACAUCACAAUAAACAUUAAUGACCUGUAGUACACUUUAAUUCAACUAUUGACCAGGUCAGUAACACCAAGCCUUUAUUAUUGCAUCAACCAAUGCUACAUGGUGUGUUGUUGAAGAAAAGCAUUUUCUGCUUGUAGUGAGCAUGAAGCAUUUUGUGUCGAUUUUUUUUUCUUUGCUUAGAAUCAACUCUCCUGUUAUGUAGAUAUCUACACAUAACUGCUGGAUGGAAACCAGGCUUGUGUGUUUCUCAGUGUAUUUUAAAUGUUUUUCUAUCUGCUUCUGCUGGGUGUGUGUGUGUUUGUGCGCGUGUCUGUUUGUGAACGUUGGUGUGCACGCGGGCCGAUGGACUGGAAAUGUUCGGAGAUGCACUUUGAGCCGAUGGAAUCCAACAGCUGCCUUACCAUUUUACAGAGUGACGUGCUGGUGGGUGAGAAGGGUCCGGGCAGGAAUGUGAAGCGCUUGGCUGAAUCUAGCUCUGUCUGGUCCUGGGAGAGUGGCUCCAUUUCUACAAGUCUGUGUAUCGAUCUGUUCAUAUCUGUUUUUAUCUCUUUCUGUGGGUCUCUCAGUGCCUGCCUGCCAUAUUUUAUACCACAUCAGGUGCACAUAAGAUGAUCAGAGGUUUUUAUUCCAAAAUGAACAGAUGAAGCAUGACUACAACAUCAUCGUUUUUAAAGGGAUAAUUGCAAUUCAAAAAAUUUAAUAUUAUUCCCUGUCUUUCAUUUUUGGAAUGGAUGAAUGAAAGAUUGCUUUUGAUACAAUUACUGUUUGUGUCUGUCUUCACUUGUAAUUAUUGCUCAACCAGGUAUUCAUGUUUCUGUGUUUUAAUAUCUUUUGGCACAGUCUUCAUCCCUCCUGAGCUUAAUUUAACACUGGUUUGUGUAUCCUGUUUAUAACAGUGUGGGGUGUAACAGUUGUAUGUGCCCCUCUGUUUUCUAAGGAAGUUUUUUUAAUAAAUCAAUGAGGGUUAGUACAGUUUAAUACAUUUAUAUUUCAAUUUAAUACCUUAAUGAGUGAAAUUCAUCUAGUUCUUAUUUCAGGCGUGAGUAAUAUAAAAAAAUUUCAGCCAUGAACUGAAUUCCUGGUAGGAAUGCAGUGUGGAUUUGUGUCAGUGACUGCAGUGAAGCUCUUUCACUUAGUGCAGUACAUGAACAAUGUGAGUCAACAGUUAUACAGAAGCUGUCAUUUCUUCUGUCCGUCUUCUAAGAAUUAAAGAGUGGAAAAUGAACAAAACUUAGAUUGUAAGGGACGAUUGAUGCACCCCCUGAUGAGAAUCUGUGGAUUUGGUUGUAUACAUGUGUUCUACCUAAACUCAAAAGUGUUUCAGAUCUGCUUUGGUCUAAAUCUUCUGUCAAGGGUCUAAAUCAACUCUCAGUCUUGUUAGAGGUCUGUCUCGUUCUUGCUGCUGGACAGAAACACCAGGCAGUUACAUAAAUAGCUCUCGUUUGGAGUUGUAAAAGGAAAUGAGAUGAAGACUGCGUGUGACCAUAAUGCUUCUUUUUUUUCGCUGAAGUUUGCUGACAGGCUACUCUUCUUUUAUCAUCCUAGUUUUAUCAACCUGGUUGAUUCUCUGACCAUUCUGAGUUUUUUUGUACCAUUGUGGUUUGUAAUGCAUUGUUAUGCCAUUCAUUUGUGCAAAACUAAACUACUAGCACAGAGACCUGUGGUUUUAAUAACAGAGACUAUCAAAGAAUUCUUAGCUUAAAAUGUUUUCCUUCAUAAUGUUUGUAAGAAAACAUAGAGGCAUCUGACUUAAAAUCUAUAAAUUAUUUAUUUAUUUAUACAUAUUUUAAUGUGGAACCAUGUGUUUGCAGCUUUAAUCAAGUAAGUUUGCUGAUUAAGCUGAAUAGUAAUUGUCUUUGUCUACAAUCUCUAUUUGAUGCUUAUGAAGAAAAGAUUUCUAAUAUUUACCCAACUUGACAGCGUGGUACUGUUCUGUUUAACUGUGGACUUGUGAUAAACGUUUCCACUAUUGUUCAGUAAACUGAAACAAACAUUUUAUCUUUUGGGUUUGUUAGUUACAAUUAUUUACCAUAAAGUUAUUUAAUAAUAACUGGAAAAUAUGAAGAAAUGGAAAAUAAAGCAUGAUAGCAGGCGUUUGCCGGCCCAUUGACUUUCAAUAUCAUACUGUGUAUGGUUGGUAUAUUACCAACCUUUGACUAAUACAUUUAGGAUUUUGUUCUGUAGAGUAAUUAGGUGGUUUAUCAUUCAUAUUUAGAUAAAGAUGACAUUUGUACAUUGGGUGGAUGAUGUAGAGCUCUCUGCUCUCUUGUAUGUGGUAUCCUGUUUGAAUUUGAACUGGCAAGAUGAAGAUUCUGAGUUACUUCAGGGUAUGCAUUGGUUUCAGAUAACUGUGCUGCUCUUGUUCACCAUUAUCAGCGGGAGUAUCAGUGCCUGUUGAAAUAGUACAGCAGCUGUUUAUUUCAGUUUUAUUUAAAUAAUGAAUGCCUUAUGGUAUGGUUUUACACUGUAGAAGCAGAGUGUGACAUUAGGUUUCAGUUUGUGUGUGCUAACUUCUAAACGGUCUGGGCUUUGAGGCCAACAGUGUCACUAAGACCGGUAAUAUACUUUCAUAUGUCCUGAAUGUAUUCAAAACUGCUGGUGUGUGAUUGCUGGUUUCAAAAUGUACUAUUUACCCCUCUUAACAUGGAUGAUGUCAUUUAAAAUAUUUAUCUGUAUUUUUUUAUGAAAGUUUUAGAUAGAAACAUUUUUAAUUUUAAUGAAGUUUACAGUUUGGAAAGAAAAAGCAUUGUCUUAAAUAUGUUUCCACCCUGAUGGCUGGAUUAAGCAUCACGUUUUUGUUAUAAUAUGGAAACUUAGUUAAGUAGUUUUGUUGCCCAAACCAAAGCAGAGAAAGAGUGAAAAUAAGAAGUUUGAUGCAAUCAAACCCAAAUCUCCAAGGUUCGUGUGUUUAACACAAUCACCCGCCACAUCUUACUGAAUAUAUGUACUUUGUCAGUAUUUUUAAACCCAACCAAACAGUGAGUAAAAAGUGAAAACAACAUUAAGCAGAAAAACCGAAAAUACUAGCACCACUAGCACCAAUGAAGGAACUCCAUUCUUACCAUGUUCUCGGCUAGUAUCGCUGGCCCUUGAGUUGUGUCACUGCAGAGAAUUGAAUGCUGUAAAUGUAAAAUGUCAAAUGCUUAUAGGUUUGCUAAUGCUAUGAGCAGCUAUGUGGGAGGGGUAAAUAGCCACUUGUGAGCUAUUGUUCUGCAUAAUACUUAGUGCAGUAGCUGACUGUUUUCGUUCCUAUUCAUUUAAAAAAAAAUUGAUGGGGAUUUAAUGUACUUUCUGUUCGUCAGGGUGAACCCUAUAAAUGAUGGUACAAACCCUUCACAUCAGGUCUUAUCACAAAGACAGUUUGAUGUAAUUAAAUAAAUGUUUUUUUGCUAAUUUGGAUUUCCACACAUCUCAUGGCUAAAAAAACUUAAGAGAGUCCCCACUUGAGAGUCAGAAAAUGUGAAGCUUUUCAUCAAACAUUAUUCACGUGUAUUUCAAUUAAAAACUUUUUUUAAAGGGAAUACAGUAAAUUAAAGUCUUGUGAGUUGCCGAAAUGAUGAAUAGAGACAAAGUUAAAAUGCAGAACUUUGGUUGAUUAUUUGUUGGAAUCUUACUUGGAGUUUUACUUGAAUUCAUUGCACUGUAGUGAAAAAGGAGUAGCCUGAACAGUUAGGGGUUAGCAUCGAAUGCUUGACUGUUAUCAGUGUCUGCAGUUGUGUGACAAUAGGGAAACACAUACAGUGUACAGAAGGUGAAAUGACAGCUUGAAAUGCACUGUGGACAGUUUGUGUUGGCCAAUGCAAAUUGUACUGUACUAUUAUAACUGGUAGAUGAUUGUUUGGCUUAUUGGUAUGGUAGCAGGUGAGUGAUUUAACUUUAUGAUAGUAAAGCUCAUAGUUCCAAGGUAUGAAAGAAAAACUGCAUUAGACCCACUCUCCAGCAAAUUCAUUCAAAGGUAUUACAUUAUUUCUCACCCAUCCACACCAAUCAACACCUCUCUUGAAAGCAGAUUUAUUAAGAGCUGAACAUUAUCACUUUCAUGAGGUGGAUUUGAUGUUCAAGUGUUGCUAUUGACUGCAGUUUAGCCAGGUGUAUAACUGAGUGUUUAUACAUACACAUGUGACUAAA